GUACGAAACAAUUAACCCUCUUCCUCUCCCUUCCUCUCUCCGUUUUCUUCUCUUCUCUCUCUCUCUAAUCUGAAGCUUCUGUUCAGCUUAAAAACCCUAAAAAUACGCCUUGAUCGUCAACACCGACCCGAUUACCAGUCCGAUCCGAUUCCCAUUAAGUCGAUUCCUCUUCCUUUCCGAGUGAGGGGAUUGUAGAAGAUUGGAAGGGAAUGGAAGUAGAAAGAAUUGAGAGGUGAAGCUGAAGGAGGAGGAGGAAGCGAAAUGUACAAGAACCAGCUGCAGGAGCUGGCGCAGCGGAGCUGCUUUAACCUGCCUUCGUACACGUGUAUAAGGGAGGGUCCGGACCACGCGCCGCGCUUCAAGGCUACUGUGAACUUCAAUGGGGAGAUCUUUGAGACUCCUCACUACUGCUCCACUCUCCGACAGGCUGAGCACUCCGCUGCAGAGGUCGCUCUCAACUCCCUGUCCAAUCGUGGCCCUUCUCACUCACUUGCAGCUCGCAUUCUGGAUGAGACAGGGGUUUACAAGAACCUCUUACAGGAAAUUGCACAAAGAGUUGGUGCUCCAUUGCCACAAUACAGAACAUUCAGGUCAGGCCUUGGUCACCUUCCGGUAUUUACAGGGACAGUGGAAUUGGCUGGAAUCACAUUCACAGGGGAACCUGCUAAGAACAAGAAACAAGCAGAGAAGAAUGCAGCCAUGGCCGCUUGGACAUCUCUAAAACAAUUGGCAAAGGAAGCUGCGAGUUCUUCAUCUGAAGUAGAGACCAACGACGAACUAGAACAGAUCACUAUUGCUCGGGCCUUGUUGAAUUACCGAUUGAAAGAAAAGAUAGCAAUGGUGAAUUCCUCUAAUGGCCCAAUACCAUUUUCAAGGAAAUUUCCAGUUCAGAACCUCAGACCUACAAGCCCACAGCCCCCCCCUACUCUUACAUCAAAAAUCCUUCCAUUAAUAUGCCCAAAGACAGCUCCUCGGUCAAGAUCGUCGUCAACAACAGCAAAUGACAGGCAUGUGCUGUCAUCACCAUUGCCCACUCAGGAUUUCCACGGGAUACGCCCUCAGAAUUUCCCUGCCGCUGGAGCGGCUCCAUAUGUUCCUAUCCGACAAGUUAGGACUUCCUGCCAUGGUAUUGCUCCCCCAGUGACCAUAAGGACUGCUGUGCCUGUUUUCUCAGCACCUCCACUCCCGCCACCAUCUGCCCUUCCUCAUCAGGCAACACGGGCUGCUCCUGUUCGAAUUGCUACACCUGUCAAUAUCAGGCACGCAGUGCCAGCAUAUGCUGCUCCAACUUCUAGAAAAGAAGAUCCUGAAUCUAUUCGAAAGGAUGAUCCUCAAGAAGUUAUUCCUCCUUUUUUGCCAGCUAAAGUAGAAGAGACUGAGUUGCAAAUUACUCCUGAUGUCACUGCUAAAGCAGAAGAAGCUCCAGCGGCUAUUCCAAUCAUACAUCCAGCUCAAGUGGAGGAAAUCAAGAGUGAAACUGGAAACAACCAACGAGAAUUUGAAAGUGCUACUGGAGACAAACGGCUAGAAUCUGAGAGUGCUACCGGAAACAAGGAGCUAGAUUCUCAAACAGUGCAGAGCCUGGAGCAACUCAAAAUCUAAUCGCUGUUGUUGUCUUGUUGAGGAUAAGAAAAUAUGGGAGUCGAAUGUAUGUUUUUUUGUUUGUACUAGGUUUGUUUCAUAAUCUACCUGGAACGCUUCAUCUUAUCUUUUCCUCUUUUUUCUUUUCUUCUUUUUUCUUUUCUUUUGGAUUUUGCUUUUUCUCUGUGAGAAGUUAUAGUUGCCGAUUGAGUGAUGAAAAAAAAAACAGUAUCAGUAGGUUCUAUAUUCUAUAUCAUUGAAAUGUUGAAGCAGGUUUAUGAA